GAUUAAAGUUGUUGGAAAGAGCGCGAGGAGAAACACGGACCGGGGUCACGAGACAGGCGCGAGACGGCGGAGGAUGAACAGCAAGUCUUUCCGGAUAUUAUUCUGUUUUUAAUCCGAUAAUUCAUUGGCUUUAUUUCCACCCGUUCAGAGCUUUAAACCUGAGAGGAAGCGUCUCGUUUUCGAGGGAUUUUGACUGUUCUUUUUUAUUAUUAUUAUUAUUUGAUAGAUGGUGUUUGGAGUCUGAAACGUCCCCUCUCUUUUCCACGCCAUAUUUCAGACCUCCGGUAUAAAUGGUUUUCUCGUUCCUCUGUCGCCGCGGACCUCUGGCUUUGCUGCUGGAGGAACAUUUUCACUGAUCCGAGAUGACGGAAAUCAGCGAAAAAGAGAGCGAACCUCAGAACCGGGACCUGAGCCGGCAGGGUACCACCGUGUCCGGUCAGCCGGAAUCAAAGCUGCAGCGGCUGAAGCGCUCCCUGUCCCUCAAAUCCGUCAUACGCAGCAAGAGUGUGGAUAACUUUUUCCAGCGGAGCAACGGCGAAUCUCGGCUGACCACGGCCAUCAUCACCGUGCCACCACCUCGAUCAUCUCCUCCCUCCUCUGAAUCCCCUCUGACUCAUGAGCAGUCGCCCUCUCUAUCGCCAUCAGUCAGUCCCAACCCUUCCUUGUCGUCACAUUCCCCCUCUAUCAGCCCUUCGCUGUCCAGGACGUCAAAGAGCCAGCCAAAGUCUCAGGUCCAGCCAAUGCAACCAGUCAAAACCCACUGCUUCCAGGAGCAUGUCUUCCGUAGGCCCACCAGCUGCCAGCGAUGCAAUCAUAUGAUCCAAGGGAAUUCCAAGCAGGGCCUGCGUUGUAAAGCCUGUAAGAUGGCAGCCCACCUCUGGUGUUCCUCUGAGCUCUCUCAGCAGGCGUGUAAUGGCAAGUCUGGAGCCUUUAAGAGAAACUUCAGCUCUCCUCUGCUUACCAUCGAUCCGCUGAGUAUAGUGAAGGAGGCUCCGGCUGCCCAGGAGACAGACAAUGUCAUCGUUGACCCUGUGUAUGAGGCACUGCGCUACGGGACGUCAUUGGCUCAGAUGAGUCGCUCCAGCUUUGGAAGUAUCUCCGAAUCUCCUUGUCAUGAGGCAGAGACACUGCAAGGUAAACUAGAAAACCAACCCAUUGCAGAAGAGGAAAAUAUUCCAGGAAUGCUCACCCCUCCUGAAAGUGAGAAGGCUGAUUCAGAGGACAGGGUCAGCCUGAAGACUCCAAAGCGAGUAGAGGUUCACUCCCUUCACACGUACAUCGCCCUCUACAAGUUUCUGCCUCAGGAGAAGAACGACCUGGAACUACAGCCUGGCGACAGAAUUCAAGUCAUGGACGACUCCAACGAAGACUGGUGGAAGGGGAAAAGCAGAGACAAGAUGGGAUUUUUCCCAGCCAACUUUGUCCAGCGGGUCCGACCGGGUGAGCGGGUGUGGAAGGUCACCGCUGCUUUCCAUGGCAACCGAGACAAGGGCCAGAUGACUGUGAAAGAGAAUCAGAUCUGCAUUGGGAAAAACGAGGAGACUGACGGCUUUCUUCGGCUGACCAGCGGGAAGAAGAGAGGCCUUGUCCCUGUGACGUUCUUGCUAGAAAUAUGAUAGCAGUGUUGCAUACCUCUCCUUGACCCUCAGAUUUAGCAAAGGAGCUCACAGUGAUGGAGGAAUACUCAGGAGUGUUUAACCAGCACCUCACUGACAACCGUCCACCCUCCUCCACCCAUCCCAGUACCGCUGCCACAGCUUGAGUGGACAACAGCCUGCAACUUUGGCUUUUUUGGCUGAAGGUUAAGACAACCAGGAGCUUCUUUAGAGCUACUUUGCUUGUAGCCCAGCUUCACUUUGUGAGGUUUCUUAUAUCCCCGCAGGAAAUAUGUAGCACUUAUUUUUCCAGCGAAUGAGUGUGAAGGCAGUUUUAUUAGCUGUCUACACUGGUCACUCACUCACAAAAAGAGGAGAAAGAUACUUUGUCAUGAUGUCACGGCAUGUUCGAGAUGUUAGUAAAAAGAAAACAAAGGAUGAUUCACUGGAUGUGCAUCGUUGUUGCUUGUGUAAACCCCUUUUAAGUUGAGUAGAGUGAGUGAAAUUUAAGAACCACAACCGUUUUGUCCGUUCCGAUUUCAGUCCUAAUGUCCAGGUUCAAUGACAGAGCUAUGAUGUGCAUACACAUUACUCUUGAAUAUGAAAUGAUUCAGGUAUUACUGUGUAAUAAUGUCUUUUCUGCGCUAUCUUGGUCCAAACAAAGUCACAACACGCCCUUUCUCUCUCAGUGUACACUCGAGGGUUUUCCCUGCAUCCCAAAACACUCUUUGGUGAUUACAGUGUGGCACAUUCGCACUCUUCACAGUUUCAAUGUGACAAAUACUUGCAUGCACCUUGGGGAGCUUUUAGUUUGCCCUUCAAAUGUUCUCCCUUUACACACACAAUACGAAAGAGUUUGUAUUUUCACUUUCUUCUAUGUAGCUCAAUUAACCAUUAGGAGCGGCAUCCUGUUGUUGCAUCAUAGACAUCAUUUAUCUGUAUGUAAUGUCCUGUAUUAUUAACAUAUGUGAUGCAAUAUGAAAGCGCAGCAAGGGUAAAUAAACCAGAGCGAUCGAUUAAAAGCCAUAUUCAGGUUUUUUUGUUGUUGUUGUUGAUGAGAAGUGCUAAAUGCUGUCAGUCUUUUCCACAGACAACUAAUUUUAUAGCUGUGACACGUUUGGUGGGAAUAGAAUUGAUGACAAAAUCACCUCACUUAAUUUAUUGCUCUGUUAUAAAUUAUAAGGCCUGGUUUAAGUAAUCAUUUUUAAUAAAUGCCUAAGGGUGUUUGUAUAUAGCCUUCUUAAAGCACUGUACAUACUGUAUAUUAGCUCCUGGAAGCAUGCUAAGACUAAGCUUUGCAGGAGCCAACCGAGGGCAUUAAUUUCUCUAUUCUUAACUGCAGGAGAUUCCUGUUUAUUGUCUCCCGUACCUGCAGUGCUGUAUGUAUGCAUCGCUUUGCUCAAUUACCACGUCGCCCUGUCAGCACAAAUAUUUCAAGAAACUAUGCACAAGAGUUCUAGUCACUCGCUUUUCGUUCACAGCUUCUUUCCAAAGCAGCUCAACGUGUCUUUGUCACUCAGUUGCGAAGAUUUAAAAUUGGACUUUGAAAUUGCCUGUCCUGCGUAUACACCAUGCUAUUUGAAUAUAACCCUUACUGACUAGAACCAGAAUUGGCUCAGGAUAACUUAAUUGCACGCUUACCAGGCUAGUUCUUAGCAUGAUUGCUCAUCAUGGGAUUCUCAAAUAUGCCAAUAAAGUUGGAUGAACCCUCAA